AUCCUGCCGUCUCUACUCUGUAGUGAAUGCUACCAGCGGAGGUGUCUUUAUUCAGUGUUGCCUCCUAACGAGUGCAAAACUCAGUCAGACCCCAACAUGGGAGGGGUGUCUGGUGGUGUCAGUCGUUUCGAGGGACUUUUACAAGUUAAGGUUAUAUCUUUGCUCUGUAUUUACGUUCACUAUUUUUUUAACAGAAACUUACUGAGACGAGAACGUGGACAGCGAUGAUGGGACAAUUGUGGUGGAUCGAUGGCCAAUGACAGGAUGGAUAUCAGUGGGAUCCUCUUUAUCGCUACUGUCUUUCAUUUCUUUAUUUGUGUUUAUGGUGAGGCAGGACCAAAUGCUGUCGAUGUGAAUACGCUGCAGAGCUCAGGUCCUUUGUCCUGCUCUGAGAGCUUCACCGAGUUGGGUUAUUAUAACGGAUCGGUGUCUCAGACGGAUUCUGGCUCUCCCUGUCUUAAGUGGACUGAGUUUCCAGAUUACAUACUGCAGUAUCCCGACCAUGGGCUGGGAGAGCACAGCUACUGUAGAAACCCUGAUCGUGAAUCCAACCCCUGGUGCUUUUUCAGGCAGAGAUCUGGAGCCAUUGGGUGGGCCUACUGCGACUGUCACCAGGGUGCGGCUCGGUUGGUUGGAGGUUCGACUAAUAAGAAUGGCCGUGUCGAGGUGUACCUGAAUGGCCAUUGGGGAGCGGUGUGUGACACCCACCUGACUGACCGAGAUGCCAGUGUCAUCUGUAGACAGCUGAGACUGGGUGAAAUCGGCACCGCACUUCGACAUUCCUACUUUGGACCCGGUUCGGGUCUUUUCCACUUUGAACGUCUUAGCUGCCAUGGCAAUGAAAACUCUCUGCUGGAGUGCCGAAGCAGGAAAUAUGUCUCUGGCGACUGUAACCAUGGCAAUGAGGCUGGGGUGGUAUGUGCUGUACCUCAGGGCAAUGGUGCCCCCCUGAGGCUCGUGGGAGGGCUUGAGGAUUUUGAGGGGCGCGUGGAGGUGUACCAUAACGGGAGAUGGGGCACUAUCUGUGAUGACGAAUGGGAUGAUAUUGAUGCCGAAGUGGUCUGCAGGCAACUCGGAUUGGGUGGUGUACCAAAAGCAUGGACAUGGGCUCAUUUUGGAAAGGGCACUGGGCCUAUCUUACUGGAUGGGGUACAGUGCACAGGAAAUGAGCUUUCUCUUGAGGAAUGUCCUCAUGCGCCCUGGGGCCGGCACAACUGUGACCACAUGGAGGAUGCUGCAGUGUCAUGCAACCCAUAUACAGAUGGAGUUUUACGCUUAGUGGGAUCUGACAGCCCAUGGGAAGGACGCCUUGAGGUAUAUCACGCUGGGGAAUGGGGCACAGUUUGUGACGACAACUGGACCCUGCGUAACGCACAAGUGGUGUGUCGACAACUCGGUUACAGAGGGCGUGCUGAGUUGGCUCCAGAUGGGAUGUAUGGACAGGGUACAGGGUUGAUCCUCCUGGAUGAGGUGAAAUGUGAGGGGGGAGAAAACUCACUGCUAGAUUGUGCUCAUAGUGAGUGGGGUCAGCAUGACUGCUCUCAUAGUGAGGACGUGGGCAUACACUGUGAAAGGGAAGGACAUAACAAUGAAAUUCCUGAAGUUGCUCCUGCCACAGGUCCUCUGGUGAGACUGGUGGAUGGUGAGAGCCGUAUGGAGGGCCGUGUAGAGGUGUUCGUUAACGGCCAGUGGGGUAGCGUGUGUGAUGAUGGAUGGAAUGACAUCAAUGCAGGAGUUGUCUGCAGACAGCUAGGAUUCACUGGGGUCUCCAAGGCCCGUUCCAUGGCUUAUUUCGGCGAGGGUCAGGGACCCAUUCAUCUGGACAAUGUGAAAUGUGUUGGGACAGAGGCUUCAUUGGGGGAGUGUUCAGCUGUGGGCUCAGACGCUCAUGACUGCAGGCACAGUGAGGAUGCAGGAGUCAUCUGUGACUACAUCACUGAGCCUGUGAAAGACGGUGUGAUGGGAAAACAGGAGUGUGGUGUGAGACCCAACACACAGAGGCGCAGGAGGAGGAUUAUAGGAGGAGACAAAUCUCUACGGGGGGACUGGCCGUGGCAAGUAUCUCUUUGGCUAAAGUCUCAAUCGAAAGGCACUCAUCCGCUUUGUGGGGCAACUCUCAUCAAUUCCUGUUGGGUUAUUACAGCCGCCCAUUGCUUCAAGAGGUUUGGUUCUGACCCCUCCCGUUAUGUGUUAAGACUCGGUGACUAUCACACAGAGGAGAGGGAUGAUUUCGAGCGCACUCUCUCUCCCGAGCAAAUAGUGAUUCACAGGAAGUACCACAGCCAGGGCUGGGAGUAUGAUAUUGCUUUAUUGAAAUUAAAGGGUACACAUGAGAGCUGUGUAGCUUUUAACCCACACACUAAUGCAGUUUGCCUACCGGGUCAAAGCAACAAGAGGGGCAGGAGGCCUAUAGCCUGUGUUAUCACUGGCUGGGGCAUUACAGACUCCGAGUAUUCCCGAACACUCCUACAGGCCUGGGUUCCUUUACUGCCGUCCUGGAAGUGUAAAAAACGUUAUGGCAGUCGCUUCACCAGCCGCAUGUUAUGUGCCGGCAGCUUGUCAAACCAUCGGCGUGUAGACAGUUGUCAGGGUGACAGCGGAGGGCCACUGGUGUGCCAGGGUGAGGGUGGCCACUGGAUGCUUACAGGAAUCAUCUCCUGGGGUCAUGGUUGUGGCGACCCCACCUAUCCCGGUGUAUACACACGGGUCAGCAGAUUUCUGAAGUGGAUUGAGAAAGUCACUCAUAGCCCUGCCAAAGUUUAACAUAAUGCCUUUGAAAGGUUUGUUAGCUGGUUUGAUCCAGUUUUAAGUGUUGCACAUUUACUACUUUCACCAUGCCAUGUCAAUUCCGUUUUUCUAUAUUUGAAGAAACAUUCAUGAAAAUGCACAGGAAUGUGAAGCCACAGAUCUCAGAAGUGUGUUAUAUGAUGUGAAUAAGUGUUCUUCUGGAUUGGAAGGUCUUCGAUGGAUACGCCUUUGUAAAUAAGUCAAUUUGCACUAGUUUGCAUGCCAUAUAUGUGGAACAUUUGUGGGAGUUCUUUGAGUUUUUGGUUCGGGUUCUCAAAUUAAAGCAACACUAAAGAGUUUUUUUACCUUAAAAUAACGUUUCCAAAAAAGUUUCAGUCAUUCAUCCAAUCGAAACAGGGUGAACAGCACUUUCACAUUCGCUUUGUAGCCCUCUAUCGGCCAAAACCGCACUAAAGAAGUUUCCAACCAUGCGGUCGCGGUCCUGUAGUUCAAGUGAAAACUACAAAAACUUGCUUUACGGCAGACCUACAAUCCAAUCAGAGCCAGCUUUGCUGCAGUAGGCUAAAUUAUUUUCGACAGUGGUAAGGGACAAUUCCGCCUCCAACCUGUAGGGGGAGCAAAGAGCAAAAACUCUUUAAUGUUGCUUUAAAUAACAUAUUGCACUUAGACAUUUACACUUACUGGUGUACACUUUAUACAGUAAAAAUUGAAUUCAUGUACAUUCCACAUGUAUAAGUUAUAAAUGUAUGCAUGUCUAGCGUUUAAAAUAGCAUACAACAGAUUUUUAAAUUUAUUUACAGUAUACAUAUUGCUCCUACACAAGCUCCUAGAUGAUAUGUAUGAUAAUAUCAGUAAUGAAGUGAUAAACAGUUGACGAGGCAGUGCACAACAGGGUAAAAGUUGCAGUCUCAACAGAAAGCAGUAAAAUUGACUUGCCUAUUGAUCAUGCUUUUUAAAAAUAAAGGUUCCAAAAAUGUUAUUCUGGCUGUUUGGGUCCAUAAAGAACCUUUAACAUUCACAUAACAUUUCUGUUGCACAAAGGGCUCUUUGUAGAGCUGCUUGAUAUUAUAAAAAUAAUGCAAUAUGCUAUAAUUUCCAAAAAAGUGAUUUAAGUUUAUAAUUCAUUUGUACAUUAAAAUAGAAUUAUAAACUGAAAAUUUUUUCCAACAAAAUUAUAGCAAACAUAGACUGAAAAAACAACUUGUAAAAUUUACAAAAAAAAUCCUCGAAACAAUUUGCACGAACUACUAACAACAAAUAAAAUCUACUUAAUAAUGCAUGAAAAACAUAUUUUAAAUA